AUGCAUUGUCGAAAAAAUGGAACGUCUAUGCAAAUCACGUCGAAAUUCACAACUUCCAGCAGAAAAUCGGUUAUUCAGGGAACCAAAAACUUCGUAUGGGAGCGAGAAGACCUCUCCUCUAACUUGCCGUAUAUUGACCACAGGUUCGAGAUUCCAUUCAAUCGACCUCCGAACGAGGUUAACUUUCUGGGCGGACUUGGCAGCAAGAAGCCACACUUUCGAUCAAAGGUGCACCCACAACGGGUUUCCACGGUGCAGAAAUUGAUGCGAAUGCGAACUUCCAAUCGAGUCUUGGAAACCCUCACGGAGGAUCUGCGAAAAGUGAACCUUUGUCGGCAUGGCAACGAAGCACGAGCACAGGAUCGCAAUAUUGGGGCAUUCAUCAAAAAAACCAUUGACGAGCUUCAACUGGCGGGAAACGUAGAAAAAUCCACUCCAUCGGAACAAUCGGAGGUUCAGUGCAAGGCAAGUUUUCGGAAAAAUCUAUCCGAUGAUGAUUACAAGGAAAUGAUUAGGAAGCUAGAUAAAAUGUUGCUGGAAGAGCAUCAUCCCAGUGCUAGCCAAGGUACUGCAUUUCGUGAUUGGGCGGUAAAGGAAAGGUACAAUUUUAAAAAUAAAAGUAACAUUGCUUUAAUCAAGCGAGAAAAAGAAACUUUGGAAUCCGAGCUUGGCUCUUCGGUGGAUACCAAACCGCAUGAUUACAUUACAAAUGAAGGAAAACGAGUCACUAAAGUUCGCAAGGCAACGAAAAUACCGCACGUCGAAGGACACAUGUACGGACCAUUCACAAAACUCCCCCGUUUAGAUCCACUAUUGGAAAGCGAAACCAAGUUUGGAAUUCCUCUAAGCUUGCUGGUUCGCUCCUAUCGUGAAAUGGAUUCAGCAAAAGAAGGCGAGCGAAAUCUCAUCAACUCGAGAUUGGCCCACAUGAGGAUACCACUUUGCCCGAGAAGUAGCGAUGAAUCGUCAGAUGACGAUGAUAAAAUGGAGGAAGUCAAAAUUCUAUCCUUUCUUCGUACUCCAUAUUUUCGGAUUCCAACCAUUCGCACGCAACGAAAGCGAAGAAAGGACCGGCUUCGUAGUCGCUGGUUAAAAAAGGAUCGCCUUAAACGAAUUACUAUGUUGCUGUAUGAUCGAACAGAGGAAAAUAUGAAAAUUAAAAAACAAGAUAAUCGACAAAAGUUGGAAGCGGGAUCUGCUGGCCCAAGCGCUACAGGUGAAAAGAAAAAAGUCCCAGCGAGAAAGUUACCUCCAGACAACAAACCACAGAUAUCAGAGAAACGCAAACGCUACUACGAAUUUAUAGAAGGGAAAUCCCGAGAAUAUCGCCGACUGUACGACGAGUGCCUACAGCAAAAGAUGACCAGCUUUCAGGAUUUCAAAAAUCUUGAACCAACUCUGGAAGACAAAACUACAACCAACGCUCGUUCGCAAGUUCGUCUUCCGAAGCUGAAGCAACCAGAAGAGGCACCGCAAACACCGGAGGAGGCGAUACUGCGAUUUCCUCCGAAUCGCUUCAAAAGUUUAGUCAGAAGCGAUGGACUGCUCGGAUCGUUCUACAUUGAUCCGGAAUUUCAAGAUAAGGCGAAAGAUUUGAAAAAAUACAAAAAACACUCCAAAUACUACACAAGCCUUAUGCGCAGUCGCUCCAAUCUACGCGAUCGGUUGCAAGUGAAUGCACCCGAAUUCGAUGAGGAGCAACUUGGGUACAAAACGAAAUACUUCAAUCGUCUAGCCACUGAAUGGGACAACUAUUACAUACACGAAUUGCGCUAUCGGCCUCGUGUCAGAAAAUUUUGUCCAAAAACAGAUAUCCUAAACAUUCGCGAUCAACGCCGCAAAACCUUCCUGCAGUACUACAUAGCGGAGAAUUUGCUCAAGAUCCGUGAACGACGUUUGCUGGAGCGAAAAUUUGCGAGAUGGAUUCGUGGUUUUUGCAAGCAAACAAAACCACUCUUUCAAGUUUGGAAGGAUGACGCCUACAACAGGGUGCUGGAAAUGUCGGACCGCGAAAAGGCAGCUCAGCAGGAAACUCGACGAUUGCAAAAUGUACUGCUGGACAGGCAAAACAAGAUACAAGCUUUAACCGAGAUGAUUCUUCUGAUGGAGGAACAGUGGACGAAGAUAAUGCAGAUGCGGAAUUAUUACUAUCUUUUGAUGGACCCACAGUGGAGACUAGAGAAUGAUCAUCUACAUCGUGCUUCGGAUGGGUCGCUGUGCUCCGUUUCCGAAAGUGUGCGCAACUGUAAAACCCUCUUCAUUCGUACGGAAGGAGCAAACAUUGGCACUGAAAUCGCUGCCUUUUAUACUGACCGUAUUUUCCCAGCGUUAACUGGAAAACCAAAUUGUACUCCAGAAUUGCAGUUGCUUCUGAAUGGCCUUGGCAAUAUAAAUCACCGUACAAUUGAUCUAAUCCACAAGUUCAACAACAAUUUGAUGGUUUUCAGUCGAAUAGACUAUCACUACAAGGGAGUGCUAGAUGAGUUUCCGAGAUAUUUCAGCAAUUAUCACUAUAUGCUAGAUAUGUUCACCAAAAAGCUAGAAACAGUGCAACGUAAAAACGAAGCAAUGAAAGCACAAAUGAAUCAACUACUUGGGGAACCACUAAGGAAAUGCGUUAGCAACAAAACAAUGCGAGUGACGUCCUCUGUCAUCAACCAACUUUACGACUUUAUUAGAAAAUCCAAAAAUCUCGGUAAAGAAAUCGUCGAAGUUGGCAGUAUGGAGAAGUUGUCAAUAAUUCAUCAAUUUUUUGUGGAUCAAUUGGCCGCUUUGGACAAACUUCCUUUGGAUAUUCUGAAGGCGUCUGAACUGGAAGCACGCAAGGAGCGAAAAGUUGCACUCCGUCAGGCGAACGAAGCUUUCAAGCGCAAGGAAGUGUUUGAUUUGCUGAAAAAGCAACUCCGAUUGCACGUGAAGAAGUAA